AUGGCACCCAAACAGAUCUGCCUCUAUGUCGUGCUGUAUGCCCAGGGAGGUAUACCUCUGACGGGAAGACUAGAGGAAGGAUCAGUAGAAAGCGGUGCGGGAUCAGGGAGGUCAGCAUCGGCACCAGGAGGAGGAGGAGCCCCAAGCGUUGCGUGGGUAGGCGAGGUUGUAUCGUCCGUUCUUCAGGAUCCCAGGGCCAUCUGGACAAAGCCCGGUAUGGGAUGGGAGCAGGUCAAGGAUGGGAGUCUCUGGUAUCUGGCUUGGAAGAAGGUCAAUCAUAGGUUCGAUGACAGGGGGCAGUAUGAUCGCAGUAAGGCGGCGACGUGGGAUAUGGUUCUCGGAGCAGAGAGGACGCCGUGA